GCAUCUGUCUUCUCAAACCAAAAAAGGCUCCGGAACCUGAGGGUUAACCUGUUUCCCAGCCUCGCACGCAUAGCUUACAUUUUCUACGUCAUAAUUGUAUUGCUUGUUCGUAGCGUUAAAAAGAUGGCAGCGAUUACGUCAGCGACUAAGGGCUGCAAUGGACUGCGUUCACGGUCCGGCCUUCGUCCGUUGCCUUUCGCUGGCUCGGCGCGGAUGACUACAGUGCGCGUGCGGGCAGAGGGCUCAACUUCUGGAGUGCCCGUCCCUCAGUGGUCAAAGGAUACUGAGUCAGCACGGGAUGUGUUUGCGUUUGCUGGAUCUGCGCCAGAGCGCGUCAAUGGCCGCAUCGCCAUGAUCGGCUUCGUCUCCAUCCUCGGCCCCGAGCUCAGCAAGAAGCAGCCGGUUCUGGAGCAAAUGGGUGACGCCUGGUUCGGAGUGCUGCUCUUCAGCCUCACCAUUGCCACCGCCUCCAUACUGCCCAAGCUGGUCUCCGGUAUUUCCCUCAAAGAACUGCACGCAGCCGCCACGACGGAGAACAUGAAGGGCCCGGGAGCGCAGCAGGUGCUGGCGCUGUUUGACACCAACCUGGAGCUUUGGAGCGGGCGACUGGCCAUGCUGGGUUUUGCGGGGCUGUUGGCAAUCGAGGCGGUCAAGGGCGGCGAGUCGCUGUUUUGAAUGCUGCUCUGAGGUUGGCAGCUUGACGUGUGUCGGAGGGUUACGGAUGGCAUGGGGGCGGA